AUGAAAAUUGGCUAUGAGUACAGCAAUGAAUUUAGUGUGCAGCUAAGAGUUCACCAUGGAUUGGUUUUCAACCCACUCUUGUUUAUCCUGAUCCUCAAGGACAUAUUAGAGGAAUUGAAGACCGGUUGCCUUUUGAGGCUCCUCUUUGCUGAUGAAUUUGUUAUAGCACAAUCUCUAAUAAAUUUAGAGAGGUCUAAAGUCAAAGGGCCUUAUAAUUAUUUUAGCAAAGACCUAAAUCCUAAUGAAUUAGGAAAGCAAAUAAAUUACCAAUCCUUUAGGAAAAUGACCCUGCUUGGUGUAGAAGAUCGAAGACUAUUGCUGUACACAAACGUAUUCAUACAGGAGAGAAGUUAUAUCUGUGGUAAAUCAUUCUUUAAAAGUAGUCCUUUAACUGCUCACAGACGUAUUCAUACAGGAGAGAAGCCAUAUCCCUGUGAUAUAUGUGGUAAAUCAUUCUCUCAAAGUAGUGCUAUAACUGCACUCAAACAUCUUCAUGCUGGAGAGCGACCGUAUCAUUGUGAUGUCUAUGGUAAAUCAUUCUCUAAGAGUAAUAUUUUAACUAGCCGCAAACGUAUUCAUACAGGACAGAAACCAUAUUAUUGUGAUAUCUGUGGUAAAUCAUUCUCUACAAGUAGUCCUUUACCUGCCCACAGACGAAUUCAUACAGGAGAGAGGCCAUAUCAGUGUGAUGUGUGCAGUAAAUCUUUCUCUCAAAAUAAUGUCUUAACUAGACAUAAACGUAUUCAUACAGGAGAGAAACUAUAUCAUUGUGAUAUCUGUGGUAAAUCAUUCACUCAAAGUAAUGAUGUAACUAAACACAAACGUACUCAUACAGGAGAGAAACCAUUUAAUUGUGAUAUCUGUGGUAAAUCAUUCUGUCACAGUAGUGACUUAAUUGUACACAAACGUAUUCAUACAGGAGAGAAACCACAUCAUUGUGAUGUUUGUGGUAAAUCAUUCUCUCUGAAUAGUAAUCUUUCUGCACAUAAACGUAUUCAUACAGGAGAGAAGCCAUAUUACUGUGAUAUCUGUGGUAAAUCAUUCUCUCACAGUAGUUCCUUAACUUCACACAGACGAACUCAUACAGGAGAGAAGCCAUAUUACUGUGAUAUCUGUGGUAAAUCAUUCUCUCAUAAUAGUACCCUAACUUCUCAUAAACGUAUUCAUACAGGAGAGACUCCAUAUCACUGUAAUAUAUGUGGUAAAUCAUUCUCUGUUAGUAGUAGUCUUUAUGUACACAAAUGUAUUCAUACAGGAGAGAAAAAACCAUAUCCUUGUGAUAUCUGUGGUAAAUCAUUCUCACAGAAUAGUGACUUAACUGUACACAGACGUAUUCAUACUGGAGAGAAACCAUAUCACUGUGAUAUUUGUGGUAAAUUAUUUUCUGAUAGUAGUGACUUAACUAAACAUAAACGUAUUCAUUCAGGAGAGAAACCAUCUCAUUGUGAUAUCUGUGGUAAAUCAUUCACUGACUGUAGUAAUUUAACUGCACACAAACGUAUUCAUACAGGAGAGGAACCGUAUAACUGUGAUAUCUGUGGUAAAUCAUUCUCUCACAGUAGUAAUCUUUCUAAACACAAACGUAUCCAUACAGGAGAGAAAUCCUAUCAUUGUGAUAUCUGUGGUAAAUCAUUCUCUCAGAGUAGCAAUCUUUCUACACACAUACGUAUUCAUACAGGAGAGAAACCAUAUCAUUGUGAUAUCUGUGGUAAAUCAUUCUCUGAUAGUAGCGCUUUACCAAGACACAAAUGUAUUCAUACAGGAGAGAAACCAUAUCACUGUGAUAUCUGUGGUAAAUCAUUCUCUGAUAGUAGUGCUUUACCAAGACACAAAUGUAUUCAUACAGGAGAGAAACCAUAUUACUGUGAUAUCUGGUAAAUUAUUCUCUGAUAGUUGUGCCUUAACUAAACACAAACGUACUCAUACAGAAGAGAAGUCUUAUCAGUGUGAUAUCUGUGGUAAAUCAUUUUCUCAAAAUGGUGAUUUAACUAAACAUAAACGUAUUCAUACAGGAGAGAAG